CUUCAUCUUCAUUCCAAAUGAAUCACUUCAACUUCAAGGACAUUCCCUUACAAAGUCCAUUCAAAUUGUCUACGCAAGGUUCUUUACGAGUUCUCUUACUCCAUGGAAACCUAGACAUUUGCGUAAAACAAGCCAACAAUUUACCAAACAUGGACAUGAUGUUCCACAAUAAACUAGGCCACAUAUUUGGUUCUCAUGGACAUGUUCCACGAGAAACCUCCGAUCCAUACGUCACCAUAUCCAUUUCCCACGCCGUAAUAGCUCGCACUUUCGUAAUUAAGAACAACGAAAACCCCGUUUGGAACCAACAUUUCAACGUCCCCAUCGCCCAUCACACUGCCGAGGUUAAAUUCGUCGUAAAAGAUGACGACGUCGUCGGUUCUCAAGAAAUUGGAGCUGUCGUGUUCACUUCCGAGCAAAUUUACUCGGGUCUCAAAGUGGAAGGAGUCUACCCGAUAUUGAAUUCCUCGGGAAAGGUGUGUAGACCGGGAGCUUCGUUGAGCCUUUCGAUUCAGUAUAUACCUAUCGAGAAAUUCUAUGGUAUCGGGGCAGGGUCAGGUGUGCCCGGUACUUACUUCCCGCUCAGACCUGGCGGGAAGGUGACGCUUUAUCAAGACGCGCAUGUCCACGAACCUUCGCUACCGAAGCUGAAGCUCGACUAUGGAAUUGAUUAUGUUCACGGGCAUUGUUGGAACGAUAUAUAUGAUUCCAUUAGCCAGGCAAGGCGGUUGAUCUAUAUUACGGGGUGGUCGAUUUUCCCUGAAGUUAAACUCGUGAGAGAAGAUGAUGGAAAUGCAAAAAGAGAUUUAAGCUUAGGAGAUCUCCUCAUAAGAAAAUCGCAGGAAGGCGUGAGAGUAUUGCUUCUCGUUUGGGACGAUCCUACUUCUCAUAGCCUUUUGGGAAUAAAAAAGGAAGGGAUAAUGAAAACCAGCGAUGAAGUGACUCGACAAUUUUUCAAACAUUCUUCGGUAAAAGUGUUGCUUUGUCCAAGAUCUGCAGGGAAAGGACAUAGUUGGGUGAAAAAACGGGAAGGUGAAAUUAUCUACACCCAUCAUCAAAAGACUGUGAUUGUUGAUGCAGAUGCGGGUUUCAACAGGAGAAAGAUAAUCGCGUUUAUUGGAGGACUCGAUUUAUGCUUUGGUCGAUAUGAUACUCCAUUUCAUCCCCUUUUAAGGACGAGGAUAACAGUGCAUAAGGACGACUUCCAUAAUCCAAAUUUCACGGGAUCGAGUCUUGGUUGUCCACGAGAACCGUGGCAUGAUUUGCACAGUAAGAUCGAAGGUCCUGCAGCGUAUGACAUCCUAACCAACUUCCAAGAACGUUGGUUAAGAUCUUCGAGUCUGCAUCGACUUUCAAAGAUAAAAAGACAAGGAGAUGAUGCAUUACUAAAGAUUGAAAGCAUUCAUGAAAUUAUUGGGAUGAAUGAUUUGCCAUGUCUAAAGGAGGAUGACCCGCUAGGUUGGCAUGUACAGAUCUUCAGAUCAAUUGAUUCCAACUCUGUCAAGGGAUUCCCAAAAGACCCUAAAGAAGCCACAUUGAAGAACUUGGCAUGUGGUAAGAAUGUACUGAUAGACAUGAGCAUACAUUCAGCAUACGUGAAGGCAAUUCGAUCUGCACAACAUUUUAUCUACAUCGAAAAUCAAUAUUUCCUUGGAUCGUCGUAUAACUGGGAAAAUCACAAAGACAAAGGCAUUAACAAUCUCAUACCGAUGGAAAUAGCUCUAAAGAUUGCAAACAAAAUCAGAGGAAAGCAAAGAUUUGCUGCUUAUAUUGUCAUUCCAAUGUAUCCAGAAGGUGGUUCUACUCAUAAGGUUACACAAAGAAUUCUCUACUGGCAGAAUAAAACAAUGCAAAUGAUGUAUGAUGUAAUUUAUAAUGCUUUACAAGAGGUAGGGCUCGACAAUCAGUAUGAGCCUCAAGACUACUUGAAUUUCUUCUGCCUCGGAAAUCGAGAAACACAAGAAGUGGGUGAUGUUUCAGAUGUAGGAAAACACGUACCCAAAAACAGUCCUCAAUUUCUAGCACAAAAGAACCGACGGUUUAUGAUUUAUGUUCACUCGAAAGGAAUGAUAGUGGACGAUGAGUAUGUGAUAUUGGGAUCUGCAAACAUAAACCAGCGUUCAUUAGAUGGGUCGAGAGAUACUGAAAUUGCAAUGGGUGCAUAUCAACCUCAGUUCACUUGGGCGAAGAAAGGAUCUAAACCGUUUGGUCAGGUUUCUAAAAAACAAUUCUCUCUAUGGCCUGCAAUACGUUCAAUGAAACUAACCCUAAAUUUGGUUGUUCAGAUCUAUGGUUACAGAAUGUCACUAUGGGCAGAGCACACUGGAGUCGUGGAGGACUGUUUCGUGCAGCCCGAGAACAUCGAGUGUGUUCAACGGGUGAGAGCAAUGGGUGAACAUAACUGGAGGCUAUAUGCUGGUGAGGAUUUAAUUGAGAUGACAGGACACCUGCUUAAGUAUCCAGUUCAGGUUGAUUGGAAUGGCAAAGUUAGGUCAAUUCCGGGCUGUGAAACGUUCCCUGAUGUGGGUGGGAAUAUUUUGGGUACUUUCAUUCCCAUUCAAGAAAACAUUACUCUUUGAUUCUUGUCAAACCUCAUGGAGACGACAAUGUCUUCCACUUCUUGUACAAAGUGCAAUGAACAAUCAUGAACUUCCAUGGCUUCCUGUU